AAGAGAAGAAGGAAGAAAAGAAGAACAAGAACGAAAAGAUGAAGAAAAAAUAGAAAAACAAACAAGAAUUCGACUCAAAAAGCCAGUGGUGCAUUAACCCAAACUUCUCAUCAAGGAUAACAAGCUUUAAUUCCUGAAAAAAACUGCCUGAAUAAAGGAAAAGAAGACGAAACAAAAACAAAAGUAAAACAAAAUAAAAAAUGCAUAAAAGAGAAAAUAGAUAUCGCCCUAAGAAUUUUGUUGAUAAUAUUCAAGUCUCGUGCACGCACAAGUUUUGUUAUUAAAUUCGCAAAAAUGCGUGUAGAAACCGGUUGACUUGGUGCUUCGUUUGCUGACAGUAAAAAUCUCCGCUGCCAACUCUUGUUGAAGAAGAUCAAGAGAAGUUCCGACAGUUCCCUGACGGCAGCUUUUGCUGAAGGGCGGCUUACACGCAUAUAGUAUAUAAAUUUUCUUACCGUGACAAAAAAAAAGUGCUACGAAAGAAACUGCAUUUUUCCGCGUUGUUAAUUUGAAUGUAGAGGCAUUCUUCUUUUUUUUAGUGUAGAUAACAGAAAUGCAAAAACAAAGGAAUGAUAAAGAGGAGAAUUUUUUUUAACACCAUUCGCAUUUUAAUCAGAGAAUUCAAGUUUUAUGAGGAAUCUAGGAUAACACACUAGUCAUGUUACUUGUGGAGAGCAUCAUUCGCACUUUGAAUGGCAGAAGUGCCCAUGGGAAUGGAGAUGUAAAAGAGGAACUUCGAAAGACCGCCGCCAUCAAUGAAGGACAAAUCGAUAGUCAAAAAAUAAAUAGAUCAGUUCCAAUUAUUUCCAAUUCAGUUAACACGAGCAUUAAGGAUGAAUUUGAAUCAAAUGUAAAGACUCGUAAUGGCAAUGAUAGAUGCAUUGAAAACAAAGAUGGAAAAAAGCGUUUAGAAGAAAAUUCAGAAUUCAAGAGUCGAGAAUCAUUGGAUGAAAAUGAUGAUGAUGAGGAUGAAAAUGAGAAUGAAAAUGAGAAGGAGGAGGAGCUCAGUUUAGAUCUCGAGGAACCCUCGCAAGAAGUGAUGGAGUAUGCCAGACGGGAGCUGGGUGAAACCGAGGAGGUCAAGUGUCAAACACUUCAAGAGUUACGCGAAAUGAUAUACGAAAGGGGAGAAUGUUCACCACAACGAAUGGAUGAUGCAUUUCUCAUCAGAUUUUUACGAGCACGUAAUUUUAAUAUACAUCGAGCACAUCGUUUGGUAGUAAAUUACUAUAAUUUUAAAGAGGAGCAUCAUACGAUACACAAAAAUGUGAAUCCAUUGGAAAUGAGGCAUAUUGGCGAUGAUGAUGUAAUGACUGUACCAGCGUAUAGAACACAAUGUGGAAGAAGAAUGAUGAUAUUUAGGAUAGGCAAUUGGGAUCCUAGAAAAUAUUCAGUGGAGGAAUUGUUCAAGGCAACUGUAAUUGUCCUUGAAUUGGGUAUUCUCGAACCGAGAGCCCAAGUUCUCGGCGGUGUCGUUAUCUUCGAUUUGGAAGGAAUUACAAUGGCACACGCUUGGACAAUUACUCCUCAGAUUGCCAGUAUGGUUAUUGCCCUAAUGGUAACGUCAUUUCCAAUGAAAACACACGCAAUUCACAUAUUAAAUCAAUCAUGGGUGUUCGAUGCAAUUUUCGCCGUUUUCAAACCACUUCUCGAUUCAAGAAUGCAGGGUAAAAUUUAUUUUCAUGGUCAUGACAUGAGUAGCCUUCAUCAACAUGUUGCACCGGGAAAUCUGCCAAAAAAAUACGGUGGCACACAGGAGGAACUUCCCUAUUACAAAUGGAUCGAUUCACUCAGCAAGAAGCCCAUUGUUGUCAAGGAAAUGCAUCAAGUUGGUUAUAUAAUUCCCGAAGAAAUUCUCAAAACAGUAAAAGAUUUAUAAACAGAAAAAAAAGAAAUCUUUCUUUCUUUCUUUGUUUAUAAAAAAAUGAUGGAUGAAUUUUUUUUUUUAAACAAAAAUCUCUGUUAUUAUUUUUGUAAUGUAAAAAUUCACAUGGACCAGGGUUUUACACAGGGAUAAUGAAUGUCAUUAAUUAUGAAAUUUAAUUACAUUAGGAGGAAUCAUAAAAAAUAAUAUAUGACAAUUUUGCCCUCUUCAUUACUUAGAAAGGAAAAUCCUAGCUUAUUUUUUUCCCGGAUUACUCAUUUAUUAGGUCAUUAAAAUCGUCUAUUAUUAUCAACUAUUGUUAUUCUUUCCAUUUUAUUAAAUUCAUUUUUUUUCAAACUUCCAUUUCUCCAGUUCUUGUAAAAUAAAGAUAAUAAUAUUUAAUUCCGUUCUGUAAUUUUUCUUUUUUUAUUAAAAUAAAUAAUUUUUAAUUUCCAUUUUUGAAUCGCAAUGUUUUUCAUGUACGUUUUUUAUAUAAAAGAAAUAAAAAAAAUAAAAUGUAAGAAUGAUAUUUUGAAAUAAAAUGUAAAAAAAAAAUGA